UCCUUUCACGAACGUUGACUCUGGCAUUGUGUCGAAGGCGUCUGAAUGUGAGAUGUCUACAGUACCUCUGUUAACAAGGAACGUGCCAGCCUUCUCCGCGAUUUACAAUUUGGGCUGCCCCGCACACACAUGUACAAUGACAUCGCGGUACAGGCACGGGCAGAUGACGACUCGCAAGCACAGCAAAGUGCACUUGAUGUGUUGAAGUGGUACGCUCUGUAACUCGCGUGGUCACUAUAAGCCCCAGUCAAUUAUGGUGCUUCGAGUUACUCUUGUUGCACUCCUCGCAACUGCGAACCUGGCCUCUGCACAAUUUUUCGAUACCAUCAACGGAUUCCGACCGUUCGGGCCCGGCUACAAUCGCGGCGCUUACCCGCAAGACUUCGGUGUCGUUGGGUCAUCUCUGGAAGCUGUUCAUGACAGCCAACAAGCACCUACUGGGCUUGCAGUGGACAAUGCGGUCAAUGUCUACCUCACGUAUCCUCGCAACAAUGGGCAGACUCCGAACAACGUCGUGAUAUGCACGGACUUCAACAAUGAGAAACCAUGGCCGUCAGCGGCGAUUCAGAACUGUACCUCGGGCCAAGAUCCUUCGACGUGCUUCCUUAACGUACAGAACGUCGUCCUGGACUCUAUUGGGCAGUUAUGGAUUGUCGACAGUGGGAUUCCGGCCAGCAUAGCCAACCAAAGUGGUGCCCAAGCGGUCUACGGUGGCGCGAAGAUCAUGUCGUUCAAUCAAACGACCAGCCAGCUCAUCCGCACGUACGUAAUCCCGCAGACUCUACUCGCGUAUGGGGCCAAUGCCAACGAUGUGCGGAUCAACAACACUCUUGGUACCAAGGGUUAUGCUUUCAUUACGGACGAGAGUACGAACAGCUCCCUCAUAGCGAUCAAUCUGGACGACGGCAGUGCUGUCCGCCGCCUUUUCAAUACUAGCGUCGUGCGCGCUGACCCAGGCUAUGUGGGCUCGUAUGACGGAGACCUCAUCUAUAGCUGGAACGGAACUAAGAAGUCCUACUUCACGACCGGAGCUGACGGUAUCGCACUCGCCAGUGGGAACGUAUACUGGGGCGUACUUGCUAGUCAACGCUUUUACUACAUCUCGCAAAGUGCGAUCAUCAACACGAGUCUGUCUGAUGCGCAGGUGCUAGCUGCGGUGCAGAAUCCUGGUCAAUGUGGAUCCGAGCAAGCAGGCUUCACUGCCGACGACCAUGGGCGGGUGUACAUCCUGGCGAGCGAACAAAAUGCGAUUUACUACGUAGACACUCAACAGAGCGAGGUGAAUCAGACGGUAAACGGCGUACCGCCAGGCGGCUCAGGACCCGUUGCUGCGAAUAACUACGUUGUCAAGACGCUUGUUCGCAAUGCCAUGAUUCAGCAUGCUGAUAGUGCCGCAGUUUUGGACGGAUGGUUGUACUUCUGCACAAACCAGCUUGAGCUAGGUCCGCAAAGACAGUACAACAACACUGACAAUCGGCGAGGGCCGUUCAGGAGCUUUAGAGUGUGGAUCGGGCGAGGGCCGGCCGUGUAAGCAAUUAGCUAACCAUUGCACGAAGUUGGGUACAAGGCAGCCAUUUGUGGCUCAGAUCGCUUUUCACUCUCCAAUCUGCCUAAUUCGCACGCCUUGUGCUAGCAUAAUGCUAUCCGC